CCAGCACUCUGCAGCUCUUGCCCCGUCCGUGCUUUUCCCGGGAUCCCAGCUGAUCCCGAGGAACAGCUGCGGCCGCUGCGAGCCUGGCCACAGCCCAGGGCCCGCUCCCAGACGGGGAAAGCCGCCAGUUACCAGAUGCUGAAGGGCUGUUUCCCCCAGGAUCCCACCCUGGAGUCUUCUCAGGCCUCACUGGGGGUUUCUCCAGAGUGGGAUCCUGGGUGCCAACACUGAGCUUCUCGGCUGGGAAAUGGGAGAUUUCGUCACGGCGACAAAAUGGGGGAAAACCUCAGGGUUUGGGUCAUCCUGCUGUCGCUCCUUCCUCCCCGAACCGGUGCUGCUGCCGCUGCAUUCCUGGGCACGCUUGGGGUUUCCUCCCAGCCUGGCACAAUUCACUCUCUUCACUUGGUGUUUUUCUGGAAAGCGAAAGCGGAGUGGAUCUCCCGGAUCGCCCCGUGGCGGUGGCCAUGAGAGGGAGCCUCAGCACUGCCCACGCUGGAGCUGCUCCUUCCCGGCCUGCAGUUGGAUGGGAUUCCCUGGAGCUGGGCUGUUGCUUCCCGGGCUCUCAGCCAGCCACUGCUCUGGCUCCGAGUGGACGAUUCAGCGGAAGCUGCGGGAAUUCUUUGCCAUCCCGCGGUGCCUGGUCAGCGUCUUCAGCCUCUUCCUGGUGGAGCUGAUCCGCUUCCUUGGCGAGGCCGUGGUCCAGGCGUUGGUGGUCGGUGUCCUGACAGCCAUCGGCGACCAUGUCCUGAAGCCCUUCCUGGCAGCAGCGUUUCACAGCCUCCUGCAGCCGCUCCUGCUCUUCCUGCUGAAGGUGCUGGGCGGCGUGCGGGACCUGACGGAUCCUGUGCUGGACGUGGUGGCCCGGGUGUGCUCCCAGCUGGCCGUGCUGCUCCGCGCCGUCCGGCUGGUGGAGAUCCGCCUGCGCCCGGACCUGCGGGCUGGCCCUGGCGACGGCGGAGCGUCUCUCCUGACUGGCGCAAUCCCCGUGUUCCCGAUGAUUCCAUGCCCAAAGCCCUUUGCUUUUUAUGGGCAGGAGCAGCAUGUUUGGAGCUUCCCAGGCUGUAAGAUCAUCCGCGGGCCGGGGCCGGAGCGCUCCUGCUGGGGGCCAGGCUGGCCGGGCUAUUUGGGGGGUGCUGAGUUCACGGAGCCGUGA